AUGCGCGGAGAUGGUGGAGAUCUGUUCUCCAUGAGCCUCCAAAAACUAGACGACGAGCUAACCUGUCCUGUCUGCACAGAGCAUUUCAAGGAGCCGAAGGUCCUGCCGUGUCUUCACUACUACUGCAAGACCUGCAUCGCCGAUCUUAUCAAACGUGCAAAGGGGCGUCCGUUCAAUUGUCCGGAAUGUCGCCGCGAAAAGCACAGGCUGCAGGCAAUAACCCCGAGAGAUAUCAACGAGUGUGCGACAGCCAACGGGAACUGUGCCCAGAUGUGUACCAACACCCCGGGCAGCCACACAUGCAGCUGUCACUCUGGCUAUAGACUCAACAACGACGGACGGAGCUGUCGAGAUAUAGACGAAUGUGCAGAGGACAUCGACGGCUGUGCUCAUAUCUGCACUGACAGAGACGGGAGUUUCACCUGCAGCUGCAGACCCGGCUUCUCCCUCGCCUCCAACGGCAGAUCCUGCAAUGAUGUGAAUGAGUGUGUCAGGGCACCCACGACUGUGAGGGAACUGUACAACCUGGGCGGCUUCGAGUUGCGGCUGUCCCAAGGCUACCAACUCGACGGAAGGAUCGCAUCGAUUUUGCUCGCUCGACGUGUUUUGCAGCGAGGGGCUACAAACUGCAGCCCGACGGAUUCGCCUGCUUACCUGUCGACCAGUGUGAGGAGGACACACACGACUGUGCAGGGUUUCUGUAGGAACGCCGGGAGCUCUUUCAUCUGCGACUGCAGUCCUGGAUUUGACCUGGCUUCAAACGGUCGAGACUGCAUCGAUGUAAACGAGUGUGCCAGUGGCAACGGAGGCUGUGAGGGGACGUGUACCAACGUGGAGGGUUCGUAUCCACUGCCGUUGUCCACUCAGGGCUGCACCCUCGGUCCUGAUGGCCGAUGUGACGAGGUGGCCGAGUGUGUGGCAGACACAGAAGACGACUGUGAUCACCUACCUGCACCAACACCGAGGGAAGUUACCUGCGCCUGUCAGUCGGGAUUCAGUCUGGACUCGGACGGCGGACUUGCAUCGAUAGACGAGUGUGCGUCGUCUGACGCCAACUCGUGCGACCAGAUCUGUGUCAACUCCCCGGAGGCUUCACCUGCAACUGCAGACGGAUAUCGUGAGUGUGCGUGGUUGGCCGAGUGUGGUCAGAUAUGUACCAACACAGAGGAUUCCGUGUGCAGCUCGAGGAGGCUUUCUGCUGGACGAAGACGGGAGACCUGUAGUGAUAUUGAUGAGUGUGCCAAUGCCUACGGAGCUGCUCGCAGGUGUGCACCAACGAGGAGGCUGGCCACUCCGUGCUUGUCCGUCCCUGGCUUCGAGCUGGACGAAAACAACGGAAUGCCUGCGAAUAAGGAAGAGCCGGCAAACGCCAUCAAGAACACCAAACUCCGACCAUCACGGGACCUGGUUAGUCCACCUCCACGUCAAGACGAACCUGUUCUCCACUCAGAGCUCACAGAGCAUGACCUCCUCGCGUACGCCCGCGGUCAGGUUCCAACCACACUGCUGACUCGGGUACCAGCCACCUACCCGGUGUUACUCCGGAGACUCUUCACCGCCGGCGGACGAGCUCGCCCCGUCGUCCUCCGACGGCAGCCACUCCGGCACCAGCAUCUUUCUCCCAGGCACCUGUCAGACGGGUUGCACCGGCCCCACCCCCGCCCCUACCGACCUCCGACAGCUCCGACUAAACCCCAGCUCCAUCGCGACCUAAGCCCCCACAGCCGUCUGCACCAGCCAAAGCCUCUGCUGCCAACAAAACCAUCCAUCCAGCCUGCCCGCCCCGCGAGGUCUCAGAGCAGCUACGUUCCUCCCAAGACUGUCAGCCACCUCCUCCGCUGGCCACAAACCAGUCCUGCCACCUCAACCUUCAGAAACCUCUGUGCGACCUGCUCCCAGCAGCAAGCCCCCUCCCUUGCUCCAAGCCGACUGCCCAGCAGCUCCCUCACGAGUCAAACUUCCAGUGCCACCAACACCACAGAACACUUCCCUCAACACCGCGGCGCGAAGAUGGCGGAGGGCGGUGGAGAUCUGUUCUCCAUGAGCCUCCAGAAACUGGACGACGAGCUAACCUGUCCUGUCUGCACGGAGCACUUCAAGGAGCCGAAGGUCCUGCCGUGUCUUCACUACUACUGCAAGACCUGCAUCGCCGAUCUGAUCAAACGUGCAAAGGGGCGUCCGUUCAAUUGUCCGGAUGUCGCCGCGAAGCACAGGCUGCAGGCAAAAACCCCGAGAGGUGUUUUCCCAGCAGCCUUCUUUGUGAAUCGCAUGGAGGGAGUGUUUUCGGUCAUGAAAAAAGCCCAGGCAAAAGAAAACGUGACAUGUGAAAGUUGCUCGAAAUUCCCUGCAGUUAGUUUUUGUCAUGACUGCAGUGAAUACAUCUGCACCAAAUGCACCGAAGCCCACAAGGAUAUGCGCUUACUAUCGUCCCACAAAGUGGUCUCAAUUGGUUCACUUCGCUCCACUAUCACUAAGAGCACACCUGAAAAGAUGAAGGUGGUGCAGCGUGAGGUGAAGUGCAGCAAGCACGCAGACGAGCCACUCAAACUCUACUGCCGUGACUGCCACAAGCUGGUGUGUCGCGAUUGCAUUGUGAUCGACCACAAAGAUCACAGGUAUGCCUUUGUUGUCGAUGCUGCUCCACCUUGUAAAGCAGAUAUCAAGGAAAAGGCUGAGUCCAUGAAGAAAAUAUCAGUAGGUCUGAAAGAGGUAAUGGAGUCACUGGAUGACUCUAAGAAAAAGCUGGCUGACAGUGAAACUGCCACCACCAGGGAAAUAAAUGCUGCCAUUGACAAAGUCAUUGCAAAAGCAGGGCAGAAGAGAAAGGAGCUAAUACAGAGAGCAAGUCAAAUGGUGAGUGAAGCCAGGGAGAAGGUUAGUACGCAGGAGAAGAAUGCCCAGCUGGCGAUGGGGGAGGUGGAGAGUCUACUGGAGUUCAUGAGCCGCAGUCUGGAGAGGGCCACAGACCAGGAGGUCCUGAGUCUGGAGAAACAGAUGUCAGAUCAGGUGGAGAGGGUCACCCAGCUCUAUGGCAACCCAGUAGGGAAGUUCCCCGUACCAGAGCUGCCACAGCUGGUGGUUAGCUGUGGGGCAGAGGUUGAGCAGGUUAUUCAAACUAAGAUAUCUGUCGCUGAGAAAGAGCCAGAGAUCUAUUACCAGGAAGUAAGUGACAAUGGCACAUCAAUAGUGAAUGUUUGA